AUGCAAUAUAUUUAAUACCAUCCUUAAAUUAUUGAGGAACUGAAAAUGAAUGAAACAAAGAGUUUGUUUUAAUCAGUUGAAGUUUCUUUAAUCAAAUUAUUUGAAGAUAAGGAUUUAUUCAAAGAAAUAAUCUUACUUUACAAUCAUAAAAAAAAAGAAUUAGUCUAAUAACAAGUUCAUUUUGGAUUAAAUUCUCUUAUCAUUGAAAAUAAAUAUAUUCUAUUAUGUAAGUGUUAUUAUGAAAUGAGAUAUACAAAAUUAAAGUAAAAUGAGGGUUUUUAUAUAAUUAUCCUUCAUAAUUCAAAAGGUAAGGAAUUUUUAAUAAUCAGUAAUUCUAAUUAAUUUUCUAAAAUUUAGGCUGUGAUAAAAAGAUUUUGUUUAAGUAAAAGUUUUUUAAGUAAAUAUCAAUUGUUUGAAUAAAGAAAUUGUAUUCCUUUUGCAUAAAAUUGUAAAGUAACAAAUUCUUUAUUAAAUAGAAUCAAGAGUUAUAUUGUGUUUUAUAAUUAGAUAAGAAAUAAAUAAUCACUGAAUCAGAUCAGGAAUAAUUCUAUAAUAGUAUUAUUAUAAUGAAUUAUAUAAGUGAAUAAACAAAGAUUGUUAAAAUUUAUGAAGAAAAUUCAAUGUAUAUAUUAUUUAUGAAAUACAUGAAAAUGUAAUCAUUAGAGUCUUUGAUUCUUAAUGAUUUUGAAUUUAGAGAGGCUCCUUUAGUUUGCAUAAUCUAUCUUAUUCUUUAAACUUUACAAAAAUAUAAAAAUCUUGGAAUAUAUCAUGGGAAUGUUAGUUUAAAAUCUAUAUUUAUAAAUAUGUCUGGGGCAUUUUUAUAAAUCAUAAUUUUGUUUCCAAAAUACUUGAUGAACAAUAACAAAAAUAGUUCUUUAGACUUGUUAAAUUUAGGUUAACUACUUUAUUAAAUAACAUUUUAUGAAAAAAAUGAUAAAAUUAAAUAAUUUGUUGACUAAAAACUAAUUACAUAAUAAAGAUAAUUAUUAUAAAAUAUGAAUACAGAAAAUAAACAAUUUUAAUUCUUAUAUAGAAUUAGUUAAUUAGAUUUACUAAAUCAAUUGUUAUCAUAAAGUAUUACAAUCGAAAAUGCAUUAAAACAUUAAUGGUUCAUAACUGUGAAAUAAAAUCUUAAAGCUGAGUUUUUGAAAGAAACAAAAGAACGAUUAGACUUACAUACAAUUGUUGAAUCUAAUAAUGAAUUGAGCAUGACUAUAUCAUUAGAUAAAAGAAUUUCAACUAAAGAAUUUGCUGAGUAUGGUAUAUUAAAUAAAUUAUAGUGAAUUCAGAAAUUGAAGAUGAAUUUCCAGUUAAAUGUUCAAUUUUAAAUCCUUUCUAAAUGAAUCCUUCAAAAUAAAAACAUGAUAAUUGUAUCCCAAAAUCAAAAAGUUUUUCUAAUUUUGAUUUACGUUUUGAAAAUAAAGAAAAAUACUUUGCAAAUGAAUAAUCUCUUUUUAUUUAAUGA